AACAAGUAAAAAUUACACAAACGAAAAAACACGAAUCAAUUUCAUUGCAUUCACAAUAAUCACUUCUGCAUCAUCACCAUGAAAUCGCUUAUUUUCGUAAUCGCUUUUCUUCUCUUUAAUUCUUCCCUCGCUUCCGAAACCAAUCCUCCAUAUCCCAAAGCUUUUUCCGAUUUCAAGGAAUCAAUUGUGAAAGGAUUAGGGUUUAACGCAGAUGACUUCAAGGUUACGGGAUUUGAUCCUCGAGAAGCACAGGUUGGGCAUUCGGUAGAAUAUCAAUUCGACGUUGAAAUUGAUGAUAAAGUUGUUCCAUUUAAGCUUCUUGAAGAUACGAAACGUUGGGAUUAUGUUGAUCUUCCCAUUUUUAGGGUUGAGGAGGAAAAUGGAUUGGUGGAAAAACGGGUUGACGGAAAUGGGUUACCCGUUUUGGCUCCGUUUCAGCUUGCUGGACCAAUGGAGAUUUGGGUUCAGGAUGCUAAGGAUAUGAGACUCUCUCUCCCUCAUGAUGUGGAUGCUGGGGUGUUGAAGAAAGUCGUUUUGGCUGAUGGUGCAGUGGUUACUGUGAAAGGUGCAAGAUCAGUGAGUCUUCGCCAUCCUCUUACUUUACCUCUGCCGUUAAACCGAAGCCAAAAUGGCUUUGCUGCCGGGCUUCUCACGUUGGCUGAGCAUCUCCGCCAUGCUUCUCGUGGCCAAGAUGCUCCCCUUCUUUCACUCCGGAUUGUUGGUCCUACCUCACUUGAAGCCCCUUCCUCUGCAUCAACUUCUUCUAAUAACAGGUUGAAGCUUAAGCGUCUUGCACCUGGUCUUGUGGAGUUAUCCUCUCAAUCAAAAUCCAAAUUAGUUGACACUUCCCUGUCUACCGUUGAUCUCCAGGAGGAAGCCCCGACCCUCCUUACUCCUACCCAGUUUACCGCAUUGUGGCCUCUUGCCUCUCUUAAUGGAUCAAAUGCAAACUUGUUGGGUUUUGAGAGAUUGUUAUCUUCUGUGUUGGGUCCUAAGGCGAAUGAAAAAGGUUCCUUCAGGUUGUUGAAGGCUGAUGUUUCUGCUCAGACUUUUGUGAAGAUAGGAUUCCAAGCUGAGAAGAAGCUGAAAGAAGGAGAUGGGAUUAGUUUUGAGGGUUUCCCUGAAUGGAGGACUAAGCCUGACACUGUGAGGUUGCAUUUUGAGGUGCUGGCUAAAGUUGAUGGUGAUAAAGUCAUACCUGAGAGAGUCAUGCAAGUGAACCCUGUUGUCACAGAGGACAGUGUGGCGCCAAAUAUGCUGACUAACAAUGGGACCAUGUCAAAGAUGCCACUCGUUCAGCCUCCGCCCAUCCCCUUCGCCUUGUAAAUCAGUGGCAAGGGUUUGAUUUUUGUAAACUUUACUCAAAAGGAAUUGUAGAGGGGAUUCUCGUCUUGCCUUUGAUAUAUAGUAAACGUCAUAGUUAACACACUUGUACAAAAUGCCGAGUAAUGAGAAAGUUUUUUUAUUUGUCCAUUUGCUUCUGAUUCUGAUAAAUUGUAAUAUUUUUCAACUAUUCAGAGUUACUAUGGUCAAACAAUUAUUAACUUAAAAUGUAGAAUUUUAUGUUAUCAAUA